AUAAUAUAAUUCUAGCGAUUCAUUGUAUUUCACGCGUUUAUUCAACAUUUCAGUAAGAAGUUCUGCGUAAUCAUCACUACUAGGAAAGGAAUCAAUUAAUUUACUUUUCCACUCAGGCCACGAAAAUGACAUUGAAGGCAACGCUUGGUACCACGUACGAGCCACGCCCGCAAGUCUGGGCAGCGCGUAGUGAAUAAUCUGAUCAUCACCCCAACGGUAUAGCUUUGCACAUUCGUCGACCUUAUUUAGCCACAUGUGGACCGUCUGACCUUUGAUCAUGGGGUCGAAUUCAGGAAUAACAUUACCCAGCAUUGGAAAUUUAUUUCCUUCUGGCUUCGCGGCUGACAAAGAUUUUAAUAACUCGUUCAAAAAUAAUUGAGUUUCGCUGUUAGCAAACAUAGAUUUGCUUACCUGGGUAUUUUCGCGUGAUGCAUUACUUACUACGGUGUUCGAUGAGCUGCCUCGGUUGGAUAGCCGCCUCCGGGUACUGGUACGCCUUUGCUCGCUCCGUUUCAUCAUCAGACUUCGACGUGAACGACGCUCAGCCUCGCAGCUACGAUUCUGAGUUCGCCAAUGAUGACCACCAGCUCGUGUUCGGGAUCUAUUCCUCUCGUCCUGUUCACUCUCACUCCACUCCAUCGUUAGGCUUCGGCGCGAACGACGCUCAGCUUCACAGCUACGUUUCCGGUUUCGCCGACGCCGUCUAUCAGUCCGUGUUCGAGAUCGACUCGUCCUGCCCUGGUCACUUGAACCGCUAGGCGUACUUCUUUGCUGCCUGCGACGUUUCUUCUCCCUCAAGUAGUUUUUACUUGCUUCAUCAUCGUAGCGACGCUUGCGUUUCUCGCUCAUAAUAGGUGUACGUAUAUAAGACCGACUUCUUCGUGAUUCGCCAUGGUCACAGUCCAUUUUAAGAAUUUUUUCAAAACUCGUGGUUGAUUGUAUGUUCAAAAUUCUUUGUCGUUUUUAUUUCCUUUUAUUUUUCAAAACUCGUGAGCGUUUUGUAGUAAUCCCACUUCUGAGUUGUAGAAACUAGAUCUUAACUCAGAAAUAAAACAAUGAAUACUUGAAUAUUCUACGUUAUAUUUAUAAUUAUUCAAAAUAUAUAUCCUUAAUGUUGAAUUCAACACCGUUCGAAUUCCCGCCAAAAAUCAGAGUGGUCACGGUUAAGGUCGAUAUCUGACCAUAACUAUUAAAUUAGUCGACUAUUACUUUAGUGUCGGGUAUCACUUUUAUAUAAUAAA